AUGGAGGAGGAGGAGGAGGAGGAGGAGGAGGAGGAGGAAGAGGAAGAGGAAGAGGAGGAGGAGGAGGAGGAGGAGGAGGAGGAGGAGGAGGAGGAGGAGGAGGAGGAAGAGGAAGAGGAAGAGGAAGAGGAAGAGGAAGAGGAAGAGGAAGAGGAAGAGGAAGAGGAAGAGGAAGAAGAAGAAGAAGAAGAAGAAGAAGAAGAAGAAGAAGAAGAAGAAGAAGAAGAAGAAGAAGAAGAAGAAGAAGAAGAAGAAGAAGAAGAAAAUACAGUUCAAGGUAUUUAUACUGCUUUGAAAUUCCUAUCUUUUAUUCUAAUUAUCAAUUAUUGUGUUUCAGAUCUGCAUUACAUGGUAUGGAUGAGUUUUGUGGUACUUGCUUGGAACUGGAACUGCUGGUUUAUUCCCAUGCGCUGGGCUUUCAAUUAUCAGGAUCCACAGAUUCUUUCCAUCGGGUUAACUAUAGAUUAUAUCUGUGAUUUCAUCUAUCUGCUGGAUAUGUUGGUGUUCCAGGUCCGCUUGCAGUUUGUGAAACAGGGAGACUUAAUAAGUGAUAAAAUAGAAAUGAGAAAACACUAUAUGAAAUCAUUAAAAUUUAAGCUUGACCUUGCAUCAAUAAUCCCAUUUGAUUUGUUAUAUUUGCUGCUUGGUUAUAAUCCCUUGUUUCGACUAAAUCGCCUACUUAAGUAUUCAAUCUUCUUUGAAUUCAAUGAUGGAUUAGAGUCUGUAAUGAAGAAAGCUUACAUUUACAGAAUUGCCCGGACAAUAGGAUAUCUGCUUUUCCUCAUGCAUGUAAAUGCUUGUUUGUAUUACUGGGCUUCAGAUUUUGAAGGUAUAGGCAGCAAUAAAUGGGUCUACAAUGGCAAAGGAAACAGGUACCUGAGGUGUUACUAUUGGGCAGUCCGGACUUUGAUUACAAUUGGUGGUAUUCCUGAACCAGUCACUCUCUUUGAACUAGUCUUUCAGGGGUGCAAUUAUUUCACAGGUGUCUUUGUGUUCUCCAGCUUACUUGGUCAGAUGCGUGACAUUAUUGGGGCAGCUACUGCAGGCCAAACGUACUACCAAACAUCUUUGGAUAACACAAUAGCAUAUAUGAAUACAUACUCAGUUUCAAGAUAUAUACAGAAUCGUGUACGUAAAUGGUAUGAAUAUACUUGGGAAUCACAAGGCCAGUUGGAUGUAUCUGAGAUGAUGGAAGGUAUGCCAGUAAAGAUGCAACUGGCCAUUGCAAUUGAUCAAAACUAUGAGAUAGUCAGCAAAGUUGAUCUGUUUAAGGAAUGUGACCAGCAGAUGAUAUAUGAUAUGCUGCUCAAGCUGAAAUCCGUUGUCUAUUUGCCUGGUGAUUUUGUAUGCAAGAAGGGAGAUAUAGGAAAAGAAAUGUUCAUCAUCAAGUCGGGAGAGGUUCAAGUGCUUGGAGGACCAGACGGUAAAACAAUUCUGGUGACCUUGAAGGCUGGAUCUGUAUUUGGAGAAAUCAGUCUUCUAGCUGCUGGUGGAGGCAAUCGACGCACUGCCAACGUGGUUGCCAGUGGAUUCACAAACCUAUUUAUUUUAAACAAAAUAACACUGAAUGAAAUUCUGGUGUAUUAUCCAGAUUCCCAGAAGAUCCUUAAAAAAAAGGCCAAAAAAUUGUUUGCAGGAGAUAAAGCCAAGAAAGCUGAUGUCCAACAACCUGCUAAAACUGGACUGUUGUUCCUAAUUCAUCAAAGACCAGAUACUCCAAAAUUUUUCCGUAUCGUGCUAACUGCAAUAAAAGAGAAAGGGUUAGAUCUUCUAAGUAAAUUUAGGGAAAGUGAAACCAAGUUAAAGGCACAUAACCAAAUGAAGCUGGAUAUUUCUCCCACUGAUAACGAGAGAUUGGAAGGCAAUGAAUGUUCAAAAACUGAAGAAAAGGCCAGAACAUGUGAACAAGGAGACUCCAGUCAUCUUCAAGCCAAACCUGAAGAACAUCAUUCAGCAAAGCAUCAGUCAACAUCCCAUUCACAUGAGAUUGUCAGAAGCAUGGGUAUGCAGAGUGCUAAAGAUUUUAAUACCAACAAGGAUAACUAAGAACAGGGAAGUCACUGAGUACUGUUGAGUUGAUGACAAAGUGUCUGAUAAGGAGUCAAUGGUACAAACAAGCGAUAAUCCUUCAAGUUCAUUUGGGCCAUUUAUGACACCUCUCUCCUCUUUCUGGAUCGUUCUGUCUCUAUCGCAGUAGACAACUAUACACUAACAUCUAUGGUUCCAUCUGCCAAUCAUCCCCUCCUCACCAGAAUCCAAUUAUUGCUUGCCAGCUUCUGCCGCACUGGUACCUCUUUAUACUGGCUGUCACUCCUUUGUACUCUCAAUCCUGAUGCUGGCCCUCAAACUAUCAGCCAUGUUUCUACUUCCACAGACAUUCCUGACCUGCUGAGUUCUUCAGGCAGCUUCUUUGUUUUUGUUCCAGAUCCCAGGACCUGUAGGGGCUUGUGUCUCCAUAACUCAUUCACUGUUUAAUUAUGAUAAAGAUCCUAUUUCAUCUAUUUUUGAAUUGAUUUAGUAUAACAGGUUUACAAUAAAGAGCCAGCUGCAUCCUUUGACAAAAUGGACAAAUUAAUAUAUUGACAGAGUAAAUUAUCUAUCUAUAUGUAUAUUAGUGGUUGCAGUACGACCGUUUGUCAUUUUGGCUCUGAGAAAGGAAAUUAAGAUUACCCCGGACAUAACCAUUAAAUCCAGCUAUCACUGACCUAGUCACUCACAUCUCACCUGGAUCCACUACUGUUCUUGUUCCAUCUCUUCUCUUCACCCCAUUUACCAGCUAUUUGUCCUCUGUCAUUCCAGUUCAGAUGAAGGGUCUCAACCUGAAAUAUCAAUGAUUCAUUUCUAUUCCUUGGAUGCUGUCUGACCCAGUGCCUUUGUGUUUUUCUCCAGAUUUCCACUGGAUGCAGUCUUUUUGUCUCCACGUAACUGUAGAUGUCCAUCUCAAUACCAGAGCAGUUAAGCCUAUAAGAAUAAGGGUAGCAGGGGUUUACCAAGCAAAGCACCACCCUAUCUUCAUUGCCCAAGUCUGCUCUAUCAUUGUGUGAUCCUCUGUCAUUUUCCUAUUCAACCUUCUUUCUUUUUCUGUGUCUAAAAGGCCAUUGGCUUCCAUAACUGUAUAUUCAGAGUCCUCUGAGCUAGAUGUUGAGGCAGAAACUUAUCUGAUAACAGAUCAUAUGGGAAAUGUCUACAAUGCAGGAUAGCACAAUGGAACAACUAGUAGGGCUGCUACGUGACAGUGCGAGAGACUCAGGUUCUUUCCUGACCUUAGAUGUUGUCUUCUUGGAAUCUGUAUGUUCUCCUGUGUCUGUACGGAUUUUCUCCAGGUUCUCUAGAUUCCUCCAACAUCCCAAAGGUGUGAGAGAUGGUGGAUUAAUUGGCCAAUGUAAAUUGCCUCUAGUGUGCAGGUAAUUGACGUAAUCUGGGGAUAGCUAAUGAGAAUGUAGGGAGAAAUUGAAAAAAAUGGAUUAAUGUGGGAAUACUGUAAAUGGGAUUUGGUGAUUGAUAGUCAGUAUGAACUCGUGGGGUCAAAGGAGCCAUUUCCAAUCCAUGAUUCCCUGUAGCUCCAUGAAUGAGGAACAGACCUCAAUACUCCAGUGAUUUGGGAGGUCCAUUUCAGCAGCCAUUAUCAAAUGCUGAAUCCACACCACCUAGCAGAGUAAAAGCAUGUGGCAUAUUUUCCUUUCGCUCAAACUCCAGCCUGACUUGGUUGUAAAUUCUAUUCCUUCAUUGUUACUGGGUUAAAACACUGGAAUUCCCUGCUAUCUAGUCAGAGGGAAAAAACGCAUUCACCUAGCAGCCAGCACCUCAGGUCAGGAUUGAACCUACGUCUCUAGCUCCGAGAAGUUAGCUCACCACCUUAUCAACUACAUAAAUAUACUCAAUAUUCACAGCAAGACCUGGUCCAUGUCUUUUAAUUCUCUUAAGCACUAUAUACAACAAUAUACUAAUUUAUGAUUUAAAUGGUUGAAGAUGUACUAAACAACAGGAUAAUAAAAGUUAAUCAGUAGAAACUCAUAACAAUUUUCUCUGGCUGUAAGAUCUGCAUAUCUGUGGAAAAUCAAACCACACAAAAAAUUGGAAAUUACAAACUCUUACAAAGAUCGAAUAUUCCGGACACAUAACAAGAAGCCCUGACAUUGUCACCAAUAUCAUCAUGCAAAAUGUAAUGGGCAGAAAGAAAAGUAAAGGAAAUUUUCAGGGAAGCUGAUCUAGGCAGAAACAAAGUGACUAACUGUACAACUAGACCAAAAUACUGAACAUUUGGAGGAAUAAACGUGUGCUCUCCACGCUGAGUUAAACUGAUUGAUCAAAUGGAAAAGAAAGCCCUGUUCCAUCAGAAAGUAACUCACGUAGUCAUCAGUUAAUCUGCAUGUAGAUGUAAAAUACACAUCUAAACUUCAAUAGCUUUAUGAGUAUGAUUGAAUUGUUGCUGAAGUUGUUAAGCAAUUAAUGAGUAAUUUUAUAAUUGAUCCAAGGUUGUAAAAAAAAUUAGUGUUUUUCUUUCAACAGAGUUAUACCACUGUUCACCUUGUCUCAAUACCUAAAAUAUAAGGAAAAAAAUAAAAGCAUAUCAAAAACAAAUACACCAGCAUGGGACUUCCAGCCAAGCAAUGAACAAGGGCAAACUGUUUCAGCAGAUUGCAUAGGCAACAGCCUUCUCAGGAAGAUAUUGACAGGACGUUGAGAGAGAUAGCUUAUAACUCUUUGUCAUUUGAGUGAUGCUGUCCCUCAAUAUAACUGUUUCUUGAGGAAGGUAAAUUAAAGAGCCUUUGAACUUCAUGAAAUCCACAAACAUUGGAUACUCUAUUACUUCCAUUUAUUCACACUUUAUCUGUCAGAGUUGACAAAUUGACUUUCAUACUUCUGGUUUUCUUAUAGCUAAGGAAUGAUAGUAUAGUUUUGUGUUCACAGCAGGCAUUGGGUUAGUGAAGAUCUGGGGUCAGAGAUUCAGCUAUAACCUUGUAAAAGGGUGUGAGUGCAGUUUGAGGACAAGGCUAUGAAAUUUUGGAAUCUUCAACCAUCCUUGUAAGUUGAGUAAACAUUUCUGGUAUGUAAAUCUUCAAUAUUCCCUUUAUACUUUUCAUAUUAUAUGUCAUAUACAGUGCAUGAAUAUAUCUGAAUAAAGCUCUGUGGAUGUAUUGAGAAUCUCUAUUGGGAGCUCCAAUGUUGCUGCAUUCCUUUUAAGAAGCCAUUUAGUGUGCAAA